GCGGUCGGGCGGCGCGAGCGGAGCAGCCGAGGCAACCGGAGGGCCGCGCCCCGUCCCCGUCCCGGUCCCCGUCCCCGCGCCCCGCGCCCAGACGCCCGCUGCCCCGACCUUCGCGCGCCCACUCGCGGCCGGGAGGCUGCGUGACCCGAGCCCGAGGCCGGCGCGGAGCCGGGGAACCGGGGAGCCGGGGAGCCGGACUGGAGGCGCGCCCACGCCGGGAGGAUGACACCAUGACUGAGAAUGUACUUUCCUUGCUUGGAGUCAAUGACCUGUGACCUGUCAGAAGCCAAUGGUGACUUCAGGGUGGAAGUAAUGCCCAAUACUCAAGUUGCUGUCAUGAUUUUUCUUGAAAAUACUGAUGUCAGGACAUCUGUUAACGUUUGUGUUGGACACAGUAGAGUUCAGCAAUUUCAGAUUUUCCCAAGACUUCUGGAACUGAAUGAACCAUUAGGGUUGAAAAUCUGCUGCCUCAUGUGGAUAACAGUUACAUAACAAUUUUUUGAAAACCCCACAAAUAGAAGAGAAAGGGUAACCAAUGUGCAGCUUUUCCCAGAAGAGAGGUCAUCCCUGGUUGAGUUUUCUAACUACAAAGUGGUGGACACCUACUUGGCCAAAGAGCUUGUCUUCAAUGAAAGGCCCAUCUCUGUGUUUCCGUAUUAUGUGACUCUGGGCCUAGCCUUGCACAGAAAGGAGAAGCCCCUGAGAAAGUUGGCUGCACCAUUUCUAGUGGCUCUGGAUCCUCUCAUAUGGAAGAUCUUGCAGAAGAAGCAUCACCUGAUUGGAAUGAUAAAUUACAAAAGGGAAAGUGUCACUGUGAGUCAAGAGACCAAGUCAGCUGGAAAAAAUGUCUUUCAAACAGAAAUGUGAUAGCCUCAACCCAAACCAAAGAAGGUCUAAACCUCAUGUUGAUAAGUGGAGAUGUUAUUUAUUUCCAGGCCGAUGUCAUUGUCAACACCGUUCCCAUGAAUCUUCAACUUGGAGGCGGAACAUUAUCUCAGGCUCUUCUGCAGAAAGCUGGCCCAAAGCUCCAGAAAGAGUUAUAUGCCACCAGGCAGGGAACAGAGGAGGAAGUAGGUAGCAUAUUCAUGACAAGUGGCUGCAAUCUGAACUGCAAAGCCGUUCUCCAUGUCGUGGCUCCACACUGGGAUAAUGGAGCAGGGUCUUCUCAGCAGAUCAUGGCAAAUAUAAUCAAGAAAUGUUUGACAACUGUAGAGGAGUUCUCUUUUUCAUCAAUCACAUUUCCCAUGAUUGGAACAGGAAGUUUGAGGUUUCCCAAAGCUAUUUUUGCCGAACUAAUCCUUUCGGAAGUGUUCAGAUUUAGUAGCAGUCUAUGGCAGAAAAGCUUACAAGAAGUUCACUUUCUGGUAUAUCCAGGUGAUGACGAAACCUGUCAGGCAUUUUUAGAUAAGUUCACUACAUGGUCAAGCGUUAAUCCCAACGAGGACAAGAAUCUCAUGGCUGGAGGUAGCCAAGGUAUGUUCACGAUGGUCUCCAGCCCUGGGUUCGCGACAUAUGAAAUGAAAAUUGGUGCAGUUACUUUCCAGAUUGCUACUGGAGAUAUUACCAAAGAAAAGGCAGACGUGAUUGUAAACUCAACCACAAGGACAUUUAAUCUGAAAUCAGGGGUAUCUAAAGCCGUUUUAGAAGGUGCCGGACCAGCUGUGGAAAAUGAAUGUGCUGUACGAGCUGCACAGCCUCACGGAGAGUUUAUAAUUACACAAGGUGGCUACUUAAUGUGCAAGAUAAUCAUUCACGUUCUUGGGGAAAAUGAUGUCAGGAAAACUGUCUCCACUGUCCUAGAAGAAUGUGAGCAGAGGAAGUACACAUCUGUUGCCCUUCCAGCCAUCGGAACAGGCAAUGCUGGAAAAAACCCAACCAUCGUCGCUGAUGACAUGAUCAGUGCUGUUGUAGACUUCUCAUGGAAACACUCCACCCCAUCAUUAAAAAAAGUUAAAGUUGUCAUCUUUCUAUCUGAUUUGCUAAAUGUAUUCUAUGACAACAUGAAAAAGAGAGAAAAUUCUACAUCACCUUUCUUUCAAUCCACAUGCUUCGAGACUGCACUUUUAGGAUUCAACAGACAGCCUCCUAUAAUAUGUGGGAGAAGUACAGGAACUAUGCAGCCCAGGCUCCUGUCCACCAAUUAUUCUUCUGAAGGGCAAAAUCACUCCUGGGAAACAGGAAUUGCAAAGGAACAAGAAGAGAAUAGAAAUAAUAUUCCUGAACACUGGACCAACAUGAAUCAGCAGCUGUCUUGUGUGAUUGAGCUACAUCCUGGACAAUCAGAAUAUGAUACCGUAAGGGCCUUGUUCUCUGAGACCUGUUUUUUCUACAAAAUAGAGAAGAUUGAGAGGAUACAGAAUGUGUGCCUCUGGCAGAGCUACCAGAUAAAGAAAAAGCACAUGGACAUCAAGAAUGGCUAUAGAGAUAAUGAGAGAGUCCUGUUCCAUGGGACAGAUGCAGACUCGGUGCCAUAUGUCAAUCAGCAUGGCUUUAACCGCAGUUAUGCUGGGAAGAAUGCUGCAGCUUAUGGAAAAGGAACCUAUUUUGCUGUUGAUGCCAGAUAUUCUGCAGAUGAUAUAUAUUCCAGACCAGACAGCAAUGGGAGAAAACAUAUUUAUGUUGUACGAGUACUUACGGGAGUCUACACACUGGGACAUGCAGGAUUAGUUACCCCUCCAUCAAAGAACCCUCACAAUCCCACAGAUCUGUUUGACUCUGUCACAAACGAUACACAACAUCCAAACCUGUUUGUGGUAUUCUCUGAUAAUCAAGCUUACCCAGAAUAUCUCAUAACUUUCAGGUAUUAAAAAAUAGGGUUUUUUUUUUCAAUCUCAAAGAGACGAUUUAGUCGUCAUUAUGAGAACAAUGUAUAGAGUUUUUGUCUUUGCCUUUGGCUUGUUUAGUAGAUAAAAAUCUCUCUGUUAGACCCCAAAAUGCUGAAAACAGCCUUUUGAAGAUGCUCUAUUGCCAUUUGUAGCAUACCUCUUUUCUCAGCAUAUUGAUGAGUGGAAGUUAAGAAAUGUAGAUGACAUAAUUAUAGCAACAACUAUUUACAGACACCAAAUCUGUAGAACAAAAAACACAUUACUUUUUUCUAGCAGAGAAGAAGUAAGAUGAAUCACUUUAAAACCAAGAUGUCAUUGUUCUUACAGAACAUGUUAAGACAUCAAACUGUGUUGAGCUCAACUGUACUGUUAAAUAACGAGGCUGCUAUUGUGCAUCUGUAACAGCUGGGAAUUUUGCUUCCUGAAGAAAUACUUAUUAGCUAUAGCUCAGCUUGAAUGACUGAAUCAAAAGGUAUCACCUCAAAUCUGUUGUGAAAUAAUCCAGGAAAAAAUGUGUUGUGCCACUGUCUAAUGCUACAUAACAAAUUCCUACAAAAUUGAGUGGCUUUGUGGGUAAGGAAUUCAGGCAUGGCUUAGUUGGGUCAUUCGGAUUUAGGGUCUCUCAUGAAGUUGAGUAAAGGUGGUGGCAGGGGAUGCGGUCUUCUGAAGGCUUGACUGAGGCUGGGAGAUCUGCUUCCAAGGUGGAUCACUCAAAUAGCUAAAAAGUUUUUGCUGGUUGGCAGGAGUCCUCAGUUUUUCCCCCACAUGAUCCUCUCUAGGCUGACUCUGUCGCUCAUGACAUGGCAGCUGGCUUACCCCACAGUCAGCAGUUCAGGAGGGCCAGAGGCAGAAGCCUGAUGUCUUUUAUGACCUAGCCUCUGGAGUCAGACUCCACCUCUUCUACAGUAUCCUGUUGGUUCCAUGGGUCAGCUCUUCCAGUGUAAGUGCAAAUUGUGGAAGGGCAUGGACACCAGCAGAUGGCAAACAUUGGGGACCAUCUUAGAGGCCAUAAAAUGAGGGAAUGACUGAUACAUUGAUAAAAUGUUACAAGCAAGUGGAAAGGACUCCAGAUGUCAUCUAAGCCCACUGUCCCCUCAUCUUUCUCCUCUACCCUCCCCCUCUCCCAGGCAAAAAGCCCUUGAGCCUCCGCUCGACCGUUUCGAACACUCCACAUCUUAAGGAUAACUUAUUCCAUCAUGAGACAGCUCUAACUGUUGGAAAACUCUUGUUUACGCUGAGUGGAAAUCUGUUCUUCUGCGUCUAUUGCCUGCUGAUCACUGUCCCACCUCCUGGAGGACGCAGAGCAAACUCAUUCCUUUUACAGAUGGUCACUCUUCAGAUUCAUCUCUUCCCUCUUUGAUGUUAGAGUUAGGUAAAUUCUUGAAAUACUUAGCAGCUUCUUUAUCCUGAUGUAUCACUUAUCAAGAGUUAAAGAUAUCGAAGAAGUGUUUACAUAAAUAAUCUUAGAUAAGCACAUGCACAUUAAAAAGAGUACAGGAAAGUUUAAAACUGUCACCAUACUGUAUCACUCAUAAUUGCGACAUUCAGAGGAAACUACUGCCAAGUUCUUAAACACUCCCUUCUCCUUCCUACAUCCAUCUUCAACGAAGUCAAAGUCGUACUUUAUUGAAUUAUUUAAUUAUACAAUAUUGUUGGGGAUCCCUGGAUGCCUCAGCGGUUUAGGGCCUAUCCUCCGCCCAGAGCGUGAUCCUGGAGACCGGGAUCGAGUCCCACGUCGGGCUCCCUGCAUGGAGCCUGCUUCUCCCUCUGCCUGUGUCUCUGCCUCUCUCUCUCUCUCUGUCUCUCAUGAACAACAACAAAAAUUAUACAAUGUUGUAUCUGCCUUUUUUCAUUUAACAUUGUGUUACCCUCAUGUUAUUAAUUUCUUCUGUAAACAUAAAUUGUAAUGGCCCGGUUUUUCCACUAUAUAUUUUCCUUUUAUGUAUCUAUAAUCCUAAAGUUUUAAAAAAUGUCAUCUUUCCUUAUAGCUUAAUAAUCCAAUUUCCUUCUGUAAUGUAUCUGUAUUAUUUCCCCCAUGUUGUUAAAUAUCUAAUGUAUCUUUGGUUGGUUGCAUAGUAUUUCAUUGUAUGUCUCUAGGUAAAUGUUAUGUCAAAGUUGGGUGCCGUAUAUUUCUAGAUAAAUAUAUGGUUGGAUUAUGAGAUGCAAAGACCAUAAUCUGCCUUCAAUGAGAUGCUGCUUCCCGAAUCUCUUGGGGGAGAUAGAGUCCUAGAGAGGAAAAAUAAUGCUGUGUCAGUUGGUCAUGGGCCUUGGCUCCCAUCUCCAGUAUAGAAUCCUAGUGAGCCAGGUUGGAACGUAGAAGGACUCUUUUUACUUAGGUUAGGUAGGCUUUUAUUUGCAAUGUAAACUGCUAUCAUGGUCUCUUCCAAUGCUGUCACUCAAGGACCCCCCCUAAUUUAUUUUGCUGUACUUCUGCUCAUAAUACAUAUGCUGAUGUGUUAAUUGAACAGAGGGUUUAUGAAUUCAUUUACCAGUGGUGGGUUAAUUAUCACAAUGCUGGUAAGAUCAUUUACAGGUAAUAUGAACCAAUUUGAUUUUGCUAAAUAGUUUAUUAGAACAAAUACGGUUUCUUACAGUAAACAUGCUUUACGAGCUUAACUGAUAAAAUUAUUACGUUUACAAGCUGCCGUGGGAAAAACUCUUGCUGUUUCUCCUUUAUUCAUACUACGUCCACACUCACAACGCUUGACACCAGAUGUGUGGGGUUUUCUCCCACUCUAAGCAAUCCUCUGCAACAUUAGCUGGGCGUCCCACAAUUUAACUCCAUUCUGACACGAUCUACCUAGAAAUAGCAUCAGAUCCCAACUUGGAAGCUCCCUGUAGCUCAUACCUUUGGGAUUUUUGUGGAUAUUUCAACAUGUAGGUAAUGAAUGGUCAUUCG